AUGUCGUCUGCUUGCUCGCCCUCGCAGCUUCAUCGUGAGACCCUCGGCACCUGUACCAUCGUUAGUGGCAUCAGCUUCCACUUAGCUGUGUCCCAGGAGGAAACUGGUUUUCCUCUGGCAUUCAGCCUCCUUGUGUACAGAGAUGUCGAUCAGGUGGUGAGGCUGUUGCGCGCCAUCUAUCGGCCUCACAACCUGUACUGCGUGCACGUAGACCGGAAGUCCAACGAGGCGCUGCAGGCCAGUCUGCGCAUGGUCAUCGCCUGUCUUCCCAACGUGCUGCUGGUGCCACGAGCGAUCAACGUCACGUGGGGCUCCGUCACCACACUCGAGCCGGAACUGGAAUGCAUGCGGUUGCUGUGGAAACAGCGCGUCAAGUGGCGAUAUUUCAUCAACCUGACAGGUCAAGAGUUCCCCCUGAAGACCAACAAGGAGCUUGUCCAUAUUCUCAAGACUUUCCGAGGCGCUAAUGACAUCCGGGGUACACACAACCCCGACUUCCACUACCGCUGGAAGAAACAUCUGCCGGCUCCCUACAACCUGACUGUCAGCAAGGGGUCGGUGCACAUCGUUGCGUCACGUGGUUUUGUGGACUACGUCAUCCAUAGCCUCGUAUCACGGGAACUACUCAAGUGGGUGACGCCGAUCUACAUUCCUGACGAGAUCUUCUUCAGUACCCUCAACCACAAUCCACAUCUCGGGGUACCAGGAUCUUAUCUGGGGAGCAUUGAAGAGCCUUUCAAGGCCACGUUCGUGCGUUACAAGCUGUGGAACACUCCGCGGUUCCCGCACGUGCAGCCAUGUGACGGUCGCUGGGUCCGCCAUAUCUGCCACUUCGCACCCGGCGACCUGCCGCGGAUGAUCGCGUCCUCCAAGCUCUUUGCCAACAAGUUCUCCUACGACUACAUGCCGGCCGCCUAUGACUGCCUGGAGGAGUGGUACUGGCACAGAGUCCACCUGGAGAACUCGGGUCGCGCGCUGCCAUUGAACCUCUCCGUGUACGCGACCUCCAACCUCGUCACCCACCGCUACACAGGCCCCGUCAGGGUGUGGGACUAGUGGGGUGGACACCCGUCUCGGCCACCUACACGUCACCCAGCUCCAAGGUGUGGGACUAGUGGGGUGGACACCCGUCUCGGCUACCUACACGUCACCCACCGCUACACAGGCCCCAUCAAGGUGUGGGACACAACAUGUUUCUAAAAAUUAAAACUGUUCUAAAGAAACAAAUUUAGAAAAAUUUUCUAAAAUCGUGACUAUGCCAUGUAGAUGUCUUGAGCGAGCUUCAUCCUACUGCGCACGAAACGCGUGCUGACAGGAACGAGUCUGCAGUUUUAGUUGUUGUUGUUGUUGUUGUUGUUGUUGUUGUUGUUGUUGUUGUUUUGUUGUUGUUGUUUUGUUUUUUGUUUUUAAAGUUAAUUGUAUUGUGUACUGUGUUUCUAUGAAACUAAUUAAAUAGGUGUGAAGCCUAAAAGUGUUUAAAAUUUGAAGUGUGUAGUGCCCCUGGAGCACUUGGACUAGAACUAUGGUCGAUUGUUGGCGACUGCUUGUGAGAAAAAGAUAAAGUCCCCAUAAAGCAACACCUUCACCACAGUAUUGCCAGUUAGUAAUCAUCCUGAUGUUUGUAAGCAAUAACAUGAUUGAAGUCAGCCUUCGUAGUAUUUGAGGUGGCAACGGCAUGUUCAAAGGUCUGAAAGAUUGCUGAAAGACGUAUUUUUGAAGAAUAAUUUGCUUCACAUAUGUUCACAUGUAUCAAACUAGCAAUAUUCUAUAUGUUUUCAUCUCACUGCUUUUCGAGAAACAGCCUCAGUUCAUUCUCUCACCAUCGUCUUAACACCAAUGUUAGGCGACAUAGCAAUGAUAUGAUCCAUAACUUUAAAAAAAUGUUUAGGGAAAAUCCGUUUUCAUUACAAAAUGUGGCAAGAGUUCCCGAAAAACACACUUUCAUCAGACGACUUCAGUCCUCCCUUCUCGGCAAUGGACCAGAAGACCAAAAUCACGAAGCAGUCGAUAAUUAAGUCAAUGAACACAAUGGCAAUCAGAUGAGGCAGAAACACAAACCUGACAAACACGUGACAUCGGUGGAACGCUGAGAAGUUGUGUUAAACUGUUGGUCUACCCGAACACACAAUGUAAUUUUAACUAAAACACAGGCUUGUUUACCGAGCUUAUUGGAUAUCUUGCUUGAUUUUUAGUUUAGAAGUUAAAAAUCCUCUUAAAUUUCUUUUUUGCAGAAUUUAGAAUUUGAUAUUGAUGUGAUGCCUUCUUCUUGUAAUCUUCUUCCUUCGUCUUUUUACGGGCACAGCGGUUAGCAUCUGUCACCAAUUCAGUGAGGGUUGGCAGCCCUGGGUUCAGAUCUCGUCUUGGACACGGUGUUCUUUCUCUGCGUUUUGCGUCUAUUUACAUGGCUGGCAGCCUUGCCAUGAUAUUGCCUUAGUUGCUGCUAGGGGUAAAGCACCUACAUCCCAAUAUCCUCCCACUUCUUCCUUUUACACACCUGUUUACAUCCACGGAUAAUCAUGUUGUAUUCGAUGUCACGGCCGAGACGCAGGGGCUACUUUUGUGGCGAAAAUGUAAGAUAAAUUCAUUUAAUUCAUCAGUAAGUGUUUCUCGUUUUGCGAUCGUGUGUGUGUGUAUAUAUAUAUAUGAGGCUUCAAAAGGUCGUCAUGCAAGCUUAGGUCAGUCAAGUGGCUAGUCAUCCAGAGAGCGCGCGCGCGUCGUCUGCAAAAUUGAUCAAACAUUACUCCAAGGGAAGUAACUUUUACUGUCGUCCUAAACUCAGUUUAUCGGAGUUGUCUCAGCAAAAUGGCGACGUCCAAUCGUGACAGCAUGGCGCCGAUGGAGUUUAAUUCUGUUAUCACUUAUCAUCAACCCAGGGUCGGUUCUACCAUUAGGCAAACUAGGCCUGCUGUUGGUUUUUUCAGAUAAAUAAUGUGAGGGGAAAAUAUGUUCAUAAAAUUUAUUAAUGACAUUUGCAGGAAAUCUUUCUUCUGCCUAGUGGGUUGACUUCACCACUCUAGUUUCUCAGCUCAUGCAUUACAGGAAAAGCCCAUUAUUCGAGGACAUGUUUGCAGUGACCAGCGGGGAAGAAGGGGUCGGAGGAGGGUCGGCGUUGGUGGAUGGGGAAGGGGCCGGUCGAGAAGAAUGUAUUUGUGAACUGAACUGUUGUGUAACAAUGUAUCUGUGAACUGAACUGUUGUAUAAGAAUAUAUCUGUGAACUGAACUGUUGUGUAACAAUGUAUCUGUGAACUGAACUGUUGUGUAAGAAUGUAUCUGUGAACUGAACUGUUGUGUAACAAUGUAUCUGUGAACUGAACUGUUGUGUAACAAUGUAUCUGUGAACUGAACUGUUGUAUAAGAAUGUAUCUGUGAACUGAACUGUUGUAUAAGAAUGUAUCUGUGAACUGAACUGUUGUGUAACAAUGUAUCUGUGAACUGAACUGUUGUGUAACAAUGUAUCUGUGAACUGAACUGUUGUGUAACAAUGUAUCUGUGGACUGCACUUCGCCGCACAGUGCAGACUGUCCUACAGCCACGUGAUGAGAGUUUGAACAGAUAAGUUUGCAUACUUUUAUGCGCUGUCAUAUAGCUGUGUGCAUUUUAUUAACACGAUUUGUAUGUCUUUACCUUAAUUUUAUUUCCUUAAUUAAAAAAUAUAUGAGAUCAACAACGUUGCAAGACAGACUUAUUUGGCUGUCCCCAUUAUAUGUAUUGAGUACGCCUUUUGGCAUAUACGUAACUAAAUUUAAAGGCACUGAUAACUCUUUGCACCGGCCCUACAUAAACAUAUCUACGUAUAUAUAUAUUAGAAGGUGUUUAUCUCCGGUGUGCCAGCCCCUACUUUCAUUUA